AUGUCGACGCGCACCAAUGGUUUCGCUCAGGGCACAGUGCUCAAGGUCGCAUACUCGAUGCUUGGUCUCACAAGCUCCGUUGUCCUCGCCAGAAUAGGUCUCAAUAUCGCUAAGCCGAAGCGGCUCACGGCGUCCGACUACUUUGUUUUUGCCGGCUUCGCUUUCUACGUUACAAAGUGCGCACUGUAUAUUGCUGUGUCGCCGCAUAUGCAGAGAGUGUAUGGUGUUGUUAAUGGAGAGAUUGCGCCGUACCCGGAGUUAGCGCACGAUGCAGUUGUGAUGACGAAGAUGGUGUUUGCUGCUUUCAACUUGUUCUGGGGUGUUUUGUGGGCGAUCAAGUGUUCGCUGUUGCUGCUUUAUCGGAAAUUGCUGGUUGGGUUAUCCAGGUGUUAUACUAUUGUGUGGUGGGGCAUCGUUGGGAUUUGUGUACUUACAUUCUUUGGAAACUACCACUUUUACUUCAAAUCGUGUGGUACCCCAUCUGGUUUUUGGACCGGAGGUUGUGGUGGGAAAGCUCGGCAUAAUGCUCAACUCUUCAGUUUGUAUUUUUCCUUUGUUGCAGAUACAUCUACGAAUUUGAUGAUCAUGGCUCUUCCGAUAUGGCUCACGUGGAGCCUUCAGAUGCCGCGUAGGAAAAAGAUAUCAAUGCUAUGUCUGUUCGGAACAGGUUUUGUAUGCAUACUAUUCGCCUGUCUCCGUGUCACUCAGGUAGCUGUGAACGCAUCCAAGCCUGAAGCCGUGGAUGCACCACUUGAUCCCACAUGGCUUGCUAUUUGGGGCAUGGUGGAAUGUUCAAUUGCCGUCAUCAUCGGGUGUUGUCCCGCAUUCGCAGUCUUAACAAAUUCAGCCCGUACCAAGGCCUCCUAUGACUCCCAUGGCUAUCGGAGACAAGCAGAUAGUGAUACAAAUAAGAACCACGGUAGCAGGAUAGAAUUAGGAACCAUUGGAAGUAGAGCGACACGCGACAUAACUAAGGUGGUCGGGCUGAACACUAUAGACCUACACUGGUUAUGUGCCCAAAAUAGUCAGGAGGAAUUGAGAGUCAAGCACGGUAGUAGUAUCAUGGUUUCAACUACCGUUACGCAAGACUCUGUGGAUAAGUCUGAGAUAUGCUGA